AUGACUAGUGAGCAAGGCCUUCAAGUGCCAGGCAUAGUAAUCAGUGAGCCAGGUUCUGAAUUGCCGCCCAUAGAGGAAGCUGGUUGGUUCUUUUCAGUCGCUCCUCCAGCGAGAUGCAACGUGGGCCCUCUUCCAUAUCCUCUCAUUUUCAAGGGUCCCAUACCCACAGGUGGGCUUUCGGCCGAUCAGAAGACCUGGGAGGGCAGGACUACUCUAUAUCGACUCUCUGAUACGGAGGGUUGGAAAGAAGUGAAGGUCUUCUCGAGGACAGAAGAUGGGCUCGGGCCUUUGGCGACUCAAAGGGUGGUUGUUGGGGAAAUAUACAUGGAAGAGCCAGGCUUAUACAAGAUUGAAUUUCUGGUCUCUUUACACGACGAAACACAGGGAAAGGUUAUACGACGUGUGAGGGCCAGAUCAGCUCCCUUCAAUGUAGAGGCAGGUUAUAAUAAUGCCAGUAUUCGACGAACUCUUCGAGAAGAUCGAGAAGUGGCAAAAAUUCUACAGAGGAUUCCACAACUUGAGGAUAACUUUGUUGGUUAUCUGGACGCCCCCGGGGUCGGUUUAUUACAGCUAGCCACCCUAGCUCGCUCGAACGAACCAUGA